AGCUAGCAAACAGGUUGUAAACAAAAAACUUACUGCUGUAAAAAAGUCUAAUUUAUAAAUAAAAACUACAUUUUUCGUCGCAUGUUCGUGUAAAAAUGCGUUUUCACAUGAACGGAAGCAGCGAUGAUAAUGAAAUUGUGGCUAUCACAGCCAGCGCUGAACAUAUGCGCAAGUUUGUAUUCACUUGCAACGUUGAUGCAGUCGCAGAGCGCUUGGAAAUUAAAAUACCAGAAAUCCUACAGGGCGCGUACUCAUUCUACACCUGGCCCAGCGCCCCAGUUCUCGCACACUUUUUAUGGGAGCGUCGCCAAACUCUUGUGUGCAAACGCAUCCUGGAACUGGGAGCUGGAACUGCACUGCCUGGAAUACUUGCUGCUAAAUGCGGUGCUCAGGUGGUUCUGAGCGAUAAUUGUAUACUUCCCAAAUCCUUGGCACACAUACGCAAAUCCUGUAUGGCCAAUCAACUACAGCCAGGAGUUGACAUCGACGUGGUAGGCUUAAGUUGGGGCCUCUUACUCAAUAGUGUAUUUCGACUGCCACCAUUGGACCUUAUCAUAGCAGCCGACUGCUUCUAUGAUCCCACCGUUUUUGAGGAUAUAAUCGUGACGGUGGCGUUUCUAUUGGAACGAAAUAGGGGCGCCAAAUUCAUAUUCACAUACCAGGAGAGAAGCGCGGAUUGGUCAAUUGAAGCGCUACUUAAAAAAUGGAAACUGCACGCAUCGAGCAUAAAUAUGGACGAAAUUGGCAAGCAUUCCGGUGUGGAUAUGAUGGAAUUUAUGGGUGGGCAUACGAUACACCUACUAGAGAUUACGCUCAUCGACGAAGAUCGAGUGGGGGAUAUAGUUGAGUAAGCAUAAAAAUUAGUUUGAACAAAUAAAUUUAUAGACUUA